AUGAGUUCUAUUUAUAGACUUUACUGGCAUCUGGUACACGAGCUUGAUGACGACAUCAGUGCUGUUCAGCACCACAGCAUCACCGAUGUUCAGCACCACAACAGCACAGAUGGCCAACAGCACUAUGGCACCGAUGCUCAGCACCACAACAAACAGAGCACCAGAAACGACAGCAGCACUGCCAGUUACAUCGUGACGUACGGGAUGUACCUGGCCUUUGUUGUGGGUAUCCCAGGUAACAUCCUCACCCUGCCCAUCUUGUUCCGGAUGAAACCUUUCAACUCCUCCAACCUCUGGCUGGUUGUCGUCUGCAUCAACGAUAUAUUUAGCAUGGUUUAUAGAGCGAUAAUCAACAUACUCUUCAACUACAACUUGAUUGCCUUGAACGACAGCUUCUGCCGGUUCAUCUACAUCGCGUCAGACGUCACGGAAUAUUCCGGCUACUUCUGUCUGGUGGGGAUAACGGUUGAACGGUUGAUAGCCGUCUGGUUCCCGCUCAAGAUGAGCCUUUGGUGUACCAAGAAGAAAGCAGCAAUCGGCAUCUUCGUCAUCUUUGCCUUCAUUACGGGCCAGGCACAACAGUACAACGAGACGGUCAGGUUUAACGGACUCUGUCUAGUGAGGCUCAAGUACAGGCCGAUAGUAGAGAGGCUUUACUACCUAACGCUGAUCAACACAGUCUUUGCCAUGUUGCCGAUCACUGCGCUAGUCGUGCUCAAUAUCCUCAUCAGAGUGAAGCUGACGUCAGCGAGAAAAUUCCAGAAGCAGAUGUCGGACCAGCAGAACAAGGAGAAGGACAAACAGCAACAGCAGAUCAACCGUAUGUUGAUGGCCGCCUCGAUCUGGCUGAUCAUAUGUGUGUCACCAGACACCGUGUAUCGUUACGUGGACUACGCGCUGGUGUGGACGGGGAUCGAACCAGGGACCAUGCCACACAACAUUGUCAGGAUCAAAUACUUUCUAGACGUCACCUGUGGCGUAUUGAAAGUGUACAACCACGCGGCCAAUUUCAUUCUCUACGUUGUCGCGGCACGGAAGUUCAGAACUGAGCUGAUCAAGAUGGUGACGUGCAACCGCUAUGGUGGGACAGUAAAAGACGCCAACUCAAAGAAAAACACCAGCAACAGCCAAGACUCAAAGAGUACACAAAACACAACCGACUAA